AUGCCCAGUCAAGAACAAGAUCCUGAAGGAACUCCACAAUUAAAGCCAACUCAUUCUCAUGCUUCUGCAACCUCAAGCAAUAUUGAGACAUCUCAAAAUGUUACUGUUGAAGUAGAUCAACCAGAUAUAGGAGAGGAUGAGCCAUCAACAAAUGAACCACCAAGUGAGCGACUAGCAACUCCUGAUGAUGAUGCUAUUAGCAGCGAAUUGAGUGAUGUUGAUAUUUCCAGUGGUCAUGAAGCUAUCGAUAUGUCCAAUACCCAUAAUAAUGAUGACGAAACGGAACAAGUCGGCGAUGAAUCGCCGCUCUCUAGAGAUGAUGCCACUGAAGAAAAUGUUACUCCUCCCAAUGAACAAGUAGAUGACGUUGAUAUUUCAAGUGCUCAUGAAUCAGAAAAUGAGGUUAACAACAACCAGGGGGAAGAGGCCCAUAAUGUAGAGCAAUUGGCAGAAAAUGAAACACAACAGGAAGAUACUACCGUUACAGCGGAAGUAGAAUCACAAGUGGAAACACCUUCGAUUCAAAUAUCUGAACCUGCAACCGAACAAGAUUCAGUAAUCCAGUCAUCUUUACAAACCGAUAGACCUGCAGUCUCACAUACAAGAAAUGCAUCUAUAUUAUCUUCAAACACAAUCAAUGCAAAUGCUAAGUCCACCAUAGCAUUAGUGAAAACUACGUUAGAGGCAAUAAUGAAAGAAAAAAGUAUGAAGAAAUAUCCAAACGCGCAAAAAAUCAUUGAAAGAACUAUCGCAAGGCUUGAUGAAGAAGCUGCGCAAACAGAAUUACAAUCAAUUGACUCAAUCUUAAUUUUUGAAGCUUUAAGAGCUGCCUGUAGAACAAAAUCAUCUAAAAUCAAAAUAAAAGCAUUGGAUUGUUUGUCAAAAUUAUUCUCAUUUAGAGCUCUAGAUGAAAGUGUCUUAAUAAAUUUACCUGAUUCUUUAGCUUCAGAUGUUCAAACCCAAGAUGAUGCAAAUAAUGGUAUCACUCCUCCACCUAAACAAAAGCUAAUCGAAGCUGCUAUAGAUACUAUUGCUGAGUGUUUCGAAGGUGAAGGUACUAAUGAAAAAGUUGAAUUACAAAUAAUUAGAUCCUUAUCAAGUUGUAUCUUGGCUGAAGAUAGUACCUCUUUAUGUCAUGGUGUCUCAUUACUAAAAGCAAUAAGAACCAUAUAUAACGCAUUUGUGUUUUCAUUAAAUCCUUCAAAUCAAGGCAUUGCCCAAGCUACGUUAACUCAGGUAAUCAGUUAUGUUUUCGAUAGAAUUGAUAUAAAGGCUUUAGAAAACCAAAAUUCCACCAAAAUAUCGAAUAAAGAUAAUACUGGCGUAUUAGAAAAGGAAGAAAAUAAUGUUCCUUUGACUUUGGAAAAUAUCAAUAAAUUAAAUGAUGCGGCAGAAAAUGGGAAUGAUUUAAAAGAUACAGAAGAUCUUGAACCAGAAAAUAAAGAAACAUUGGAUAUUAAUACUAGUCAAGAUUUAGCUAUCAAGGAUGCAUUCUUAGUGUUCCGGACUAUGGCAAAAAUUUGUGCAAAGCAAUUAGAAGCAGACUUAGACAUGAGAUCUCAUGCAGUCAGAGCUAAAUUACUAUCGUUACACAUUAUUUAUUCUAUCAUAAAGGAUCAUAUUGACUUGUUUUUGUCUCCUUAUGUUUAUUUUCAUGGAAAAGAAAGUUCAACAUUAUUAGAGUCUGUUAGACAAUUCUUAUGUCUUUCAUUAACUCGUAACGCUGCAUCUCCAAUUUCACCUGUUUUCGAGAUUACAGCUGAAAUCAUGUGGUUAUUGAUAGCGAACUUAAGAGCGGAAUUUAGGAGAGAAAUACCUGUUUUUCUAACAGAGAUAUAUUUCCCAAUUACAGAAUUGAAAACUUCAACAUCACAGCAAAAAAGAUAUUUCUUAAGUAUAAUUCAAAGAAUCUGUAAUGACCCAAGAACUUUGAUUGAAUUCUAUUUAAAUUACGAUUGUAACCCAGGUAUGCCCAAUAUAAUGGAAAUGAUCGUAGACUAUUUGACAAGAUUGACAUUAACUAGAGUAGAAAUAACGCCUACACAACGAUCAUAUUAUGAAGAUCAAUUAUCAAAACCUUUAGCAACUUAUAACUUAGGCCAAUUACCACUCUUAACCACAUCCAAUAUAGCGUCAAGUACAGACCAAGGUCAAGCUGCUUUAUAUUUUCCAUUAGAGUUCGCCCUUAAGAUGACAUCUUUGAAUUGUAUAGUAUCGGUAUUACGAUCAUUAAAUUCAUGGGCACACAAAGCUUUAAAUCCUAUUAUUAAUAGUAACACUAACAAUAAUAACCUAAACAGUACAGGUGAUGCAAACACUAUUACAGCAUCACGUUCUAAUAACUCCUUGGCCAUUUCUUCCGUGCAAGAUAUGAAUUCAAAUAUCAAUAUUGGGGAUGAAGAAAAUAAAUCAAUCUUUAGUCAAAAUCAAAGUGAUGAUCCAACUCAAUUUGAAAAUUUGAAAUUAAGGAAAACUCAAUUGUCUGAUUGUAUUGCUGUCUUUAAUAGCAAACCGAAAAAGGCGAUCCCACUCUUACUUCAAAAGGGAUUCAUAAAAGACGAUUCUCCUAAAGAAAUCGCUAAAUGGUUAUUAAAUACUGAUGGUUUAGAUUUAGCAGUUGUAGGUGAUUUUCUAGGUGAAGGGGAUGAAAAAAAUAUUGCCGUUAUGCAUGCUUUUGUUGAUGAAAUGGAUUUUACCGGAUUAUCUAUUGUAGAUGGUCUAAGAGAGUUCCUUCAAGAAUUUAGACUUCCAGGUGAAGGUCAAAAAAUUGAUAGAUUUAUGUUAAAAUUUGCAGAAAGAUAUGUUGAUCAAAAUCCCGGUAUGUUUUCGAAAGCUGAUACUGCCUACGUGUUAUCAUAUUCCUUGAUCAUGUUGAAUACUGAUUUACACUCUUCGCAAGUUAAGAAUCGAAUGACUUUGAAUGACUUCUUAGAAAAUAAUGAAGGUAUAGAUAAUGGUAAUGACUUACCUCGUGACUUUUUGGUAGGUUUAUAUAAUGAAAUUGCAAACAAUGAAAUUAAAUUGUUAUCUGAACAACAUGAUGCGCUUUUAGCUGAUGGUAAGGGAACAGUUGAAGCUGCUCCAUCAUUUAGUUUAUUUGGCUACAGGGAUUAUAACAGAGAAGCAUAUAUGCAAGUCUCCAAGCAAAUUGCUUCCAAAACGGAACUUGUAUUCAAGAAUCUGAAUGAAUCUAAAGACAAAACUACAGAUGAUAUUUAUUAUGCAGCAUCUCAUGUUGAACAUGUAAGCUCUAUUUUUGAAAAUCUUUGGAUGUCAUUUUUGGCAGCAUUAACACCACCCUUUAAAGAGUACGAUGAAGUUGAAACCACAAAUAAAUGUUUAGAAGGUUUGAAACUUUCAAUCAGAAUCGCUUCUAUCUUUAGUAUAUCAGAUGCUAGAACUUCAUUUAUUGGUGCACUGGUUCAAUUUUGUAAUUUGCAAAAUGUAGACGAAAUCAAAAUGAAGAAUAUCAACGCGAUGGUAAUCUUAUUAGAAGUUUCCUUAUCUGAAGGUAACUAUUUGAAGGAAUCUUGGACUGAUGUGUUAUUUGUUGUUUCUCAAUUAGAGAGAUUACAAUUGAUUUCCAAGGGUAUUGAUAGAGAAACUGUUCCUGAUGUAGCACAAGCUCGUUUGGCUAAUCCAAGACAAUCUUUUGACUCAACAAGGUCUACCGCUGUAGCACCUUCAAUUUUCGAUCUCUGGGGUAAAAAGGCAACUCCAACUGAACUAGCUCAAGAAAAACACCACAAUCAAACUCUUUCACCAGAUAUCUCAAAAUUUAUUUCUUCAAGUGAUUUAGUUGUAUUAAUGGAUAAUAUUUUCACUAAAAGUUCUGAACUUACAGGUAGUGCUAUUGUUGACUUCAUUAAGGCUUUAACGCACGUAUCUCUAGAUGAAAUUGAAUCUUCUCAAAAUGCUUCCACUCCCAGAAUGUUUUCUUUACAAAAGAUGGUGGAUGUUUGUUAUUAUAAUAUGGAUCGUAUUAAGUUGGAAUGGACCCCAAUAUGGACAAUCAUGGGUAAUGCCUUUAAUAAAAUUGCCACUAAUCCAAAUUUGGCGGUAGUGUUUUUUGCUAUUGAUUCAUUGCGUCAAUUAUCUAUGAGAUUUUUAGAUAUCGAAGAAUUGACCGGGUUCGAAUUUCAACAUGAUUUCUUAAAACCGUUUGAAUAUACCGUACAAAAUACCACUAAUGUAGAAGUUCAAGAAAUGAUUAUUGAAUGUUAUCGUAAUUUUAUUCUAACUAAGUCUGAGAAGAUUAAAUCUGGUUGGAAAACUAUCUUAGAAUCAUUACAAUUCACUGCACAAUCAAAAUCAGAAUCUAUUGUGAAAAAAACUCAAGAAUUAAUAAGUAAUGAUAUCAUCCCUGAUCAUUUUGAAAGUGUAUUUUGUCAAGAUAAUGCAUUUGCAGAAUUGGUCACUGUCUUCAAAGAAAUCACUAAGAAUAAAAAAUUCCAAAAAUUGGCUUUACAUGCUUUGGAAUCAUUGAAAAAAAUGACCCAAAAGAUUGCCAAGAUUUGUUUUGACGACAAAGAUGAAACUUUACUACAUGGUAAAGAUAUCUUCCAGGAUGUUUGGUUCCCCAUGCUCUUUUGCUUUAAUGAUACCAUCAUGACUGCUGAAGAUUUAGAGGUUAGAUCUCGUGCUUUGAAUUAUAUGUUUGAUGCACUAGUUGCAUAUGGGGGUGAAUUUGAUGAUCAAUUUUGGGAAAAUAUCUGUACAAGAUUGUUGUUUCCAAUUUUUGGUGUUCUUUCAAAACAUUGGGAAGUUAAUCAAUUCAAUAGUCAUGAUGAUUUAAGUGUAUGGUUAUCUACUACUCUAAUCCAAGCUUUAAGAAAUUUAAUUGCAUUAUUUACACAUUAUUUUGAAUCAUUGAAUAGAAUGCUCGAUGGAUUCCUAGGAUUAUUAGUCUCAUGUAUUUGUCAAGAAAAUGAUACUAUUGCAAGAAUUGGUAGAUCAUGUUUACAACAAUUGAUUCUUCAAAAUGUUACUAAAUUUAAUGAAGAGCAUUGGGAACAUAUUGGUGAUGUUUUCAAGAGAUUAUUCGAAUUAACGACAGCAUCUGAAUUGUUUGAUUACGAUCCAUUACAUCAAGGUAGGAGAAGAUCAAUUCUUCAUAAAAAGAUUAUCGCACCACCAUUAAAAUCCGAAAAUAAUAAUAACAGUGACGUUACAAAGAAACACUACAUGAACGAUGCUAAUGUUAAAAGUACGGAUUCGGAAAUAAAUAAUACCGUGGAAAGGGCCCAAAAAGAGGAAGCUAGUGAAGAUGUCGGUAAUGAAAUUCCGGAUGUUGAAAGUAAUUCUACACCAGCUGAGAGUAAUAGUAGUACAAAAGCAAUGAUAACACCGAGAGAGACAAGUCCAGUUACUGCUGAAGACAACGGUUCCACAGCCAUGAACUCAAGUACUAUGGCAAAGACCAAACUCAUGGAUAUUCAACCAGGACCAGAUGCCAUGCGUCGUAGAAUUAGUGUUAAGAAUUCCAUUGUGGUGAAAUGUGUCUUACAAUUAUUAAUGAUUGAAUUAAUCAGUGAAUUGUUUGAAAAUGAGGAAUUUUCUCGUUGCAUUCCAUAUAAGCAAUCCAUGCGGAUGCUAGGAUUAUUAGAGAGCUCGUAUGAAUUCUCUCGUGAUUUCAAUGAAGAUUAUGGUUUAAGAACACGUCUUGUUGAAGCCCGUGUUGUUGAUAAGAUACCUAAUCUAUUGAAACAAGAAACUAGUUCCGCGGCAGUCCUCAUUGAUAUUAUGUUUAAAUUGUACUUGAAUGAUGAUGAAAAGAAAAGUGAAUUAUUGUUGCGUUUAGUGAAUGUCUGUACAAAUGUUGUUGAAGGAUAUGUUUCGUUAGAUGAUAGAACGAUGGAGAGAAGUAUAAAUUCAUGGCGCCCAGUUAUUGUAGAGAUAUUGCAAGGAUAUUAUGAAUUUGAUGAUGAAGAUUUCAAACAGUACUGUUCCUCAAUGUACGGGCAUAUUAUGCAAAUAUUAGAAAAGAGUGUUCCAUCUGAUUUAAGGCAUGCCAUGAAGUUAUUUUUAACAAGAAUAGGAGAAAUCUACGUGUAUCCUGGUGAUGAUGAGACAAUUUAA